AGAAACCCGUCUGAUUUGAGUCAGACCAGACAGCAUGUGUUACAAAGCACACUUCCACUGCUGAUUAAACAGCUCUCUCAAUCAGUCAUGUAUUUCAUUUGGCUGCUUUAUUUUAUUUUAACAACUGCAAAAGUGGCGUUGGCCCAACCAGAUAUUCAGGUAAACUGUGGAAAAGACUCGGUGGUAGUCACAUGGAAGGUUAGUGAGACACCCUUCAAACUCCUGCUGGGUGACUGCUUUCCUCUGAAGUUCUCACCUACAGCGGAUGGAGGAGGCCAGGCGGUUUUCCAUUAUCAUUUCUCUGACUGCCUUUUCAGACUAAAGGAAACCCCUGAGGAGCUGAUCUAUGAGAAUGAACUGACUUUUUGGCCGUUAAUAAAGUCCAAUUCUGCACCGCGUGUCUAUCCUAUUAAGUGUGUUUCUGAAAGGCCUUUUCCAGUUGUGAAGCCUGUGUUAGGUGUUUUACGAGGUCAAGGAGAGUUGACUUUUCAUAUGGGUCUUUUGAAUGAUGAUUUAAGUGGCCCAGCGUUAUCCAACUCCUUUCCUCUUGGCUCCUUUAUUAACAUUUGGGCUUCAGUGGCGCAGCAAGCCCAUCAGUCCCUAAUGCUAUAUCUAGAAGAGUGUGUCGCAUCCAACACCCUAGCACUUGAACCACAGUCAUGGACAUAUCCAAUAAUUACUAACAAAGGAUGUCUUGUGGAUGGGAAGACCGGGUCCUCUAGAUUCUUGCUAAGAAAUCAGUCGUCUUCGCUUGUGCUUCAGCUACAAACCUUUAGAUUUGCAGCAGAACAGGAAGUGUUCAUCCACUGCAAACUAGCGGUCUGGGACCCGGAAGAUUUUAAUCAAGAAAACAAAGCUUGCAAUUACAACAAAUCUACUGGAAAGUGGGAGCUUUUAGAUGAUCCUUUCCAAGAUGAUUUAUGCCGUUGCUGUGAUUCGUCUGCUGAUUGCAGUCACAUGCAGGGUUCACACUCAGAACCUCAAGGACCAGCUCAGAGUUCAGUCUUAGGACCACUGCUUUUAACAUCCCCCACUUCAUGAACGAGAGAAAGCAUUUCAGUACACGACUGGACUCUUGGAAACAGGUACUGUGUGGUUAUAUAAAGAGAAUUGAGCUUCAGAGCAGUUUGUUCAGCCACACAUUCCCAUUGCCUGGUAACUUGGACACAAAAUAAAUGGCUUUUGUGCUGCCA